CCAAGCUCCUGCCCGCGACCUAAGGUAUAAUACGUUAUGACAGAGUUUUGACCACACACUGCCAUACCAGCGUUGACAUUGGCCGGGAAGGGAGAUUUCGGAGAGAGGCGGAAACUCGUGACAAGCUUCUCAAAUGGCAUCACCAACGAAAGAAACAAUCUUGGCCACAGCCAGGAAAUUCAUCUCUUUCAUCAACAAGUGUCCAUCUCCAUUUCAUGCUGUGGAUGAAGUGAAGCAGAGUCUUGUGGCUGCUGGGUUCACAGAGCUGAAAGAUGCAGAACACUGGUCAAUCUCCCCAAACAACAAGUACUUUGUCACCAAGAAUCAGUCCACCAUUAUUGCCUUUGCCGUAGGAGGCAAGUACAAGCCUGGGAGUCCAUUCAGCAUUGUUGGGGCUCAUACCGACAGCCCUUGCUUCAAGGUGAAGCCCAUCUCGGGGAAGGUGAAGAGUGGCUACUGCAUGGUGGGCGUGGAGCCGUAUGGUGGGGGAAUCUGGCACACCUGGUUUGAUCGUGACCUAACAGUCGCAGGAAGAGUCCUUGUCAAGGAGGGAGACAAGAUCAACCACCGUCUUGUGCACAUCCAGCGCCCAUUGCUGAGGAUCCCCAACCUGGCCAUCCACCUGCAGCGGGACAUGAACGACAGCUUUGGACCCAACAAGGAGAACCAUCUGUGUCCAGUAAUUGCCUCAGCUGUUCAGUCAGAGUUACAGGGCCUCCCAAAACAGUCCGAGGCAGACAUCCCACAGAGGAAUCAGGCAGAGAAGCAUGCCCCGGCGCUGGUCAAGGUUAUCUGUGAGGAGCUGAACAUUAAACAAGAUCAGAUGCUGGACUUUGAGCUCUGUCUGUCUGACACACAGCCUGCGGCAAUUGGUGGGGCUCUGGAGGAGUUUAUAUUUUCCCCCCGACUCGACAACCUGUUCAACGCCUAUGCUGCAUGUGAGGCACUGAUUGAGUCCUGCAGUAACGGGAGUCUUGCAGCGGACCCCAGCAUCCGAAUGAUCAGUCUGUUCGACAACGAGGAGGUCGGGUCACAGAGUGCACAGGGAGCCCAGUCUACAUUUCAAGAACUGGUUCUGCGUCGCAUCAGCUCAAGCCCAGACAACCAAACAGCCUUUGAGGAAGCCAUUGCUAAGUCGUACAUGAUCAGCGCUGACCAGGCCCACGCUGUCCACCCAAACUACUCAGAGAAGCAUGAAAGCAACCACCAGCCAUCAUUCCACAAGGGAAUUGUCCUGAAGUUCAAUUGUAACCAGCGCUAUGCAACAACUGCAAUCACUGCUACAAUUCUGAGAGAGAUAGCCAAGCGGGUUGGAGCUCCCCUGCAGGACAUUGUGGUGAGGAACGACUCUCCGUGUGGGUCCACCAUCGGCCCGAUCAUGUCUGCCAAGCUGGGGAUGCAGACCAUUGAUGUGGGGACGCCCCAACUCAGCAUGCACUCCAUCCGGGAGAUGGGAUGCACGUCCAGUGUCCACCAAGCCAUCGUGCUGUUCCAGGGUUUCUUUGAGCACUAUCCAGCAGUAGCUGACUCCCUCAACUUCUAGACCACAUCCAUGGAACGACCCAUCAGAAAGACAUGCCAUCACAACUUCACAUCAUGGCACAUGACCUGACAUCUUUAGUUUGUCACUAUCUAUGCAGAAUUUCUGAUGUCACCAUUAAUAACUCACAGCAGUACCUCAACAAGGAUCUGUGAAUGGCUUUAUUUCUUAAUGAAUGUUUUAGUAAAACUAGUAUUUAUUUGUUAAGUAUUUAUGAAUGUAGCAUAAAUGUUUCUUAUAUUGUAUGGAAUUGUUAUGGUCACAAGUGGUGUUGAUUUCCUGUGUGGUGUAGGAAUGGUAGUGUAUGUCACAGUGAAGCCACUAUGUUCUUGCACUUCCUGGUCUGUCCAAUGACCUUCACCUUGUUUCAGUGUGUAGAUCGCGUGACAUUCAAGAUCCAUUCAGUCAGAGAUGUCUUCAUGAUACCAUUCUCGGUGUUCGGUUAGACAGAGAAAUGUCAACACCUACAGAACAAAGACGGUGGAACAAGGUUUUAUGAUGUCUCACACCACAGUUGUUAAUCUGAGUACUUAGGAAAACAAUUUGAAUCAAACCAAUCUCCUGACAUUUACCUGUAGUGCUCAUUCCAUAUGAAACCCUAUUUGUUAUAUUUAUAUAUACAGAUGUCAAGAGUGCCUAAAAACCUAUUUUUGGCCAGAGAUGCCUACACUCAAGUACACUGUAUUCUAUUAAAGUGCUUAUCGUGAA